GGGCUUGCCAUCGAUUCCAGUCGCACCCUUUAUUCUGUCUUGCAUGCAAACGGCUGCUGAGCCAGGCAUGCAUCACCAGUACACACGCGUUGGCGGUCAUCCGCGGCUUGUGAACGCGCUUGCGCGGCAUUACUAGCCCGAGUACACCUUCGUCUUGUCACCCUUCCUCCUCACCUUCACCGUCGUGUCAGGAUGAGCAAUUGGACCGGAUCGCCUCAUCCAGCCAAUGCAGCGCACGCAACAGUACACGCCGUUCUGCGUGACGACGCCCGCUUCCGUCCUCGGGAGCCCCCUCUUCAGCGCCGCCCCCGUUGACAGGGUCGAACACGCCGCAGCCACCAUUGACAAGGCCUUCCGCCACCUACCCCUGCAGUACAUCCUCAUCCUCCUGAGGUACUGCGUAGUGGCCAAGGAGAACUGCACGAUGCGCACCACCGCGCAGUGCACCCAGGCGUGCCGCAAGCUCGACGAGCUCAUCGCCCUGUCCCUGGCCAGGAUGUUGGGGCACACGAACCCGCUUAAGGAUGAGUCGCUUCAACGCUGCCUGCGGCCCUAUCAACGUGGCGGGCUCGCCCUCCGGUCCCAGGAGUCGGCCGCCCCCGCCGCCUUUCUCGGCGUCAUACGUGACUUCUUCAACAGCACGCGACACCCCUUUGAGUGCGGCCUCCCCAGCAACACGCUCAGGACCGAGAUGUCGGCGGCACUGACGCGGCUCGCGUGCACGACGCGCGACAAGGAACAGGGCGGCGUCACCACGAUUGAUGAGGUCCUCAAAGCCGGGAGAAAGCUCCAGCGCACCCUGACCAAGAUCCUGGAUGAACGCACCCCCUACAGCCACAAGCGCAUCGUCCGCGCCUUCCAGCUCAGCGCGGGCGGUCCCGGCUCCUAUCACUGGCUCACCGUGAUGCCCAGCUGCCCAACACUCACCCUCAACGAUGCACAGUUCAGAACAUCCCUCAGUGCGCGUAUCCGAGUCCCGGCGGCUGGGUACCACCCUCGCGCCUCGUGCAGGGCAUGCCACAAGCCGACGGAGAGCGCGUUCCACCAGGAAAGCUGCCAAUCUAUCCGCAAAAGGCGACACGAUCGUCUCAACGGCGACAUCACGCUUCUCGCAACAGCGGCCUCUCGCGUAUGCGAGCGGGAGGCUACGUGA